UUCCCAUGCGACCCGUCUCGCAAGUCCCUCUUCCCAUAGCUGUAAUUCGUGGAUGGUGUGCUGAGGGCGAUCUGAGCCUCCCCGGAUUCAACCCCACAAUCAAGGUCGGCCAUCAUGGCCAAGGAGGCUCUGGCUUCGCCCUCUUAUCAUAAACGUUGUCUCAUUGUGAACAGACAGAGAUACAAAAUGAGGGCUUUCCCUCCCCCCUUCUACUUCGCACCACAGUCUGUCUUGUCUUUCUCUACUCUACUUACAAGAGUGAACGAUGGCUGAUGAAUAUCGUGCCAACGACCCGUCCUCAGGUGGUAAGGACACCGACGAAAAGAUGUCCGGAACCCGCGAUCUAUCUCAAUUGGAGAGUCACGCCAUUGGUGAGAUCCAGUUGUUAGAAGACGCUGGCACCAAGCGCAACAUUAAGUCGAGACACGCUCAGAUGAUUGCCAUUGGCGGGACUAUUGGUACAGGGCUCUUCGUCGGAGCAGGCCAAGCACUGGCCAUUGGUGGUCCCGCAUUCACCUUCAUGGCAUACUGCCUGACCUCGCUCCUUGUCUAUGGUAUCAUUUCCGCCAUCAUCGAAGUCGCCACAUUCCUGCCCUUGGCUGGCUGUUCCAUGGCCUACUACGCAAAUCGGUUCGUGUCACCAUCGAUUGGAUUUGCCUUGGGAUGGCUGUACUUCUACUCUUUUGGGAUCCUUGUCGCGUAUGAAAUCACGGCCGCCGGCAUCGUCAUCAGCUUUUGGCCAAACAGUGUACACAUCGCUGUUUGGAUAACGAUCAUGAUGGUGGUCAUCAUUGCGCUCAACUUUGCACCUGUCGGAAUAUAUGCCGAAACCGAAUUUUGGUUUGCUGGUUUGAAGGUCAUAAUGAUCAUUGGGUUGUUGUUCCUCGCCUUUAUACUUGCACUGGGAGGUGGCCCGACCCAUGAUCGUCUCGGCUUUCGAUAUUGGAAUGAUCCAGGUGCGACCAAAGAAUACCUGGUUGACGGGCCUGGCGGGCGCUUCACAGCAUUUCUGUACGUCUGGGUCUUCUCUGGCUUCUCGUUCUAUUUCGGCCCAGAGCUCAUUGUUUUUACCGCCGGCGAAAUGCGGAAUCCACGUAAAAACCUUCCGACUGCAGGCCGUCGAUUCUUCGCUCGGUUGGUAUUCUUCUAUAUCCUAGGUGCGUUGGCUAUUGGCGUUAUCUGCAACUCGAAUGCCGAUGGCCUCACAUCGGGCACCGGCAAUGCCAAUGCAUCUCCAUGGGUCAUUGCGAUUCGGAACGCGCGGAUCGAAGCCCUUCCUUCAAUUGUCAACGCAGGCGUUCUCAUUAGCGCUUGGUCCGCCGGAAACGCGUAUUUGUACAUGUCUAGCCGGGCCUUAUAUUCUUUAGCCAUUGCGGGUAAUGCUCCCAGGGUAUUCACCAGGUGCAACCGCUAUGGUCUGCCUGUUUACUCAGUUUUGGCAGCAAGCUGCUUUGCGCCGCUAGCAUACCUCAAUGUAGCAUCGACUGCAGGGACUGUUUUCAACUGGUUCAUCAGUCUCACAAACACCGCAGGCUACACAUCUUGGAUCAUUUGCACUAUUGUUUUCCUGCGUUUUCGACGAGCAUGUACCGCGCAAGGAAUUUCGGUCCCUUAUCAGUCCAAGGCACAACCGUAUGGAGCAUGGGUUUGUCUAGUUCUGUUCACCUUCCUUCUUCUGAUGAACGGAUUUACCCAGUUUUUCCCUGGUCAAUUCACUGCAUCUGGCUUCUUGACCACUUACUUGGGGAUUCCUCUUUUCUUGAUGCUUUGGCUGGGUCAUAAGUUGGUUGCGGGCAAGAAAGAUCCCUGGCUGUUGCAGCCUCUGGAUGUAGAUCUGACGACUGGUCUGAGAGAGGUUGAACAUGACGCAGCAACUUGGACCAGGGUGGAAGAGAUGAAACAUGAUAAACUUCAGCGCAGCACGUGGGCGAAGAAAAUAGCUGUGAUCUGGGGCUAGUCGGUGGUUACUGGGCUUUCUGUAUGUACGGUUGAAACUUGUUAUAUCUGAUUAGUGUGCAGUGUGAUGCUAAUGAGUAUCACACAAUGUUUG